AUGGACAAUUCCGAUCAAUUAGUUGUCUUAUUUCCAAAAUUACAGAGGAUGGAAAAAAGCUGCCUGUCAGCUAAGGAGCUGGUUCUGUUCAACUGCACAGCUGGUGUAUUACAAACACUGUUCAACGUACUUGCUGCUAUUCAAGUUACAAAUAUGCAGAACAAACAGCCUUCCAUGUCAGACAGUAAACCUAUGCAUUGGCUCUGUUGUGCUCAGAGGGUGUACAAAAUAUAUGUAGAACAAAAUCCACCGAAUACAGGACCAGAAUUCUGGGACACACUUGUGUGGCAAGAGUGGAAUAGGGGACAAGAACCCAGUGGUAGCUAUAAUGGAUCAAACCUGCCUAUAAGCCGCCUGAUGUUUGAAAAUGGAUACACAACAACAUUAUUCUUAAUGGCACAGGUACAUCAGUUAGCUGGGGAACGAAGUUUAUCAGCUGAUCACUGUCAACUUACUUUAUUACGUCAACUAACUUUUGCCAAGCCUCUUGUGAAAGCUGUGAACAGUGUAUCAGGUAUUCGAAUUAGCAAAAAGCUUCGUGCUAAAUCAGCUCAUCUGUUUCGAGAUUUAGAACAAGACAAAAUUACUAAACAAACUGGAGAAUCAAUAACGCAUUCAUUUCUUUCUAUUCGCGCAUUCGAUCCUGUUGAAUGGGCCACAAAUGCUGUCACCCUGAGUGAUUAUUUUUCUUCAGUUGAAGGACCCAAUAAAUACUAUCAUAAAACAUUUGAAUGUUUGUUAUCUGCAAUACAUGUUAUUGAAGAAGCCAAGAGUACAUGCGUUAAGAAGAAAGAUGAUUAUACAUCAAAUCAAAUGAAUAAUACUCUAGCGAAUAUCUAUCGCGAUAUAGUACGAAUCGGUCUUGAUCUAUUGGAAGUGGGCGCGAAUUCAUAUGAGAAGUCAACUCGUAAACAAAUACCUAAUAACAAAGUUGAAACAGAUCAUUUUAAGAGAAGAAAAACUGCUAGUGAGUUUGGAUCUAUGUUCAAUUUGGAAUUGAAACCAAUAUUUGCCCGAUUAUUGGACUGUGAUGUAGAUUUACAGCGAACAAAAACUAAUCAGCACGAACUGAAAACGAAGGAGGUAGAGUCUAAUCAAAGUUUAACAAUUGACGAUUUAAUAUACCAGACAGUUACACCACCGACAAAUUACAAGACAGCCUCGGGAAUAUUUCGUAUGAUAUUACAUUGUAUCAUGGAAGCAGAAGACUACUAUUCCCUACAGAAUUAUUGUUCUGAUGCAGUUGCUUUAAUUCAAGAUCGAAGUAAAGCUUAUCGUCUAAUGGUUACAUUUGAAAAGAACAUUAAUAGACAGUGUUGUAUGCAUAAAAGACGAAUUGAUAUGUUAAGUGAUGUACUGAAACAACUGAAUGCAGAUUAUUAUUUGAAUAUCUGCUUAGAAUUAACAUUCGAGCUGGCUGGAGCGGUGAGUACACUACGAGAUUUAAAGAAGAAAAUAUUCGAUGAGCUCGUACAAAAAAACGAUCAAAAUGCCAAACACUAUGCACGUAAAUCUAAUGAUCUUGCAAAACAAGCAAUAUCACUCUAUCAGAAUUUCCUGGAAUUAUAUCGAGCUAAAAGUAAUGACAAAACAAAUUUAGAUUUCAAAGAAAGUGAUGUCAAAUCAAUUAUUAAGGCAUAUAUUUAUACAGCUCGUUUAUACUCUCAUCAGAUAUCAUUUGAUAAUAAUGAAAAGAUUCAGAAUUUGACAAAAGCUCUAGACUUUUAUGUAGAGACAGUCUGUAUUGCAGAGAACCAUAUUAAACGUCAUCCUGAAACGUUGAUUAAAAAUUGUGAAGAGGUUAGAAUAGCUAAAGAAAUGGUUAGUUUAUUGCCAGUUAAACUUGGCAGAUUAUCUCGUGGUGAAAGUAUACCAGAUUAA